GCUAAGCUUCCUUUCUUUCCAGAAGUGCUCGCCUACGCCCUUCUUGUAUAUAAAUUCCAAACCUUUCGUUCUGCAAUUCUUCACAAAAUUAAAACAAGCUACCCAGCGAAGAUAAAGAAAAGCAUGGCGGGGUUUAACCUACUAAGUGGGAAGCUGGAGGUACAAUUCGCCAUCAGGCUCCCAGCGAGCCAGCACCACGAAAUCUUCAGCGCAAGGCCUCACCACGUCUCCAACAUGGCUCCUGCCAAGGUCAGGAACUGCGCUGUUCAUGAAGGUGAUUUGGGCCAAAAGGGCACCAUCAUUGAGUGGGAUUAUGUACAUGAUGGGGAGAAGAAGCUUGCCAAGCAGAUCGUAGAGGACAUGGACGAUGUGAAUUUCUCGACCAGCUUCAAGAUGAUCGAAGGCGAUCUUAUGAAGGAGUACAAGAACUUCAUGAUUGUGGUGAAGGCAACUCCAAAGUCGGAGAGCACCAGUCUCAUCCACUGGACUCUGGAGUAUGAGAAGCUGAGCGAGGACAUCCCCGAGCCCUUCUCCCUUCUGAAAUUCUUUGUUCAUCUCAGCAAGGACAUUGAUGAUCACCACGCCGAGAAAAAAGAAGCUAAGUAAUAUGAUCUCGCGCAUGGACCCAACCUUCGGCCCUUGAUCGAUCGGGACCGGCCCAACUAUAAGCUGCAAUAUGGGCUCCAACCUGGGGACGUCCAUUAUAAAAAUAAAUAAAUGAAAAGAGUCGGGUCUGUUAGAUAUUCUGGCCAUGCGCUAGAAAUAAUUAAUCGUUUGUGUCUGUGUUAUAUAUUAUGUUUGUUACGUUUCAUGGAUUCACUGUAUCCUUAUCGCAAUAUGUCAUGAUGUGCUGAGGAAUGGGGAUGUACAUGCAGCAAAAAAUAAUGGUGAUGGCGGAUUGUAUGCGAUGGCAGAGCCAUAAAUUUUAAAUAAUAGUGAAGGUGGAGUUGUAUGCAGUUGUACAAUUGUUCACAAAUUGAUUGUUUAUUCGUUCUUAAAUUUGUUUUUAAAGUAAUCCAAAACU